AUGCAUAUGAAGCGUAGCUUUGUUUUUGCUCUCUUCAUGGCUGCUGUCUUAACUUCUAUAACCGCACAAUUUGGAUAUCCAUAUUAUGGUAACGGAUUCGGAUAUGGACCAUAUGGAUAUGGUGGAUAUGGACCAUAUGGAUCUGGUGGAUAUGGAAAUGGAUACGGCAACCCGUGGAGAAGGGCGGCACUGGGAGCGAUAUAUGGUGGACUAAUGGGAGCACUAUCAGGAAAAUAG